GAGGGGCGAGGAGGAAUAUACCCAUAAGGAACGAGGCACACGUUUCUAUCGUCCUCUCGUUCUCGUCCUCAUCUGACAUCUCGUUCCGUCCACGACUCUGAAGAAUUAACGCGAUUUGAAAUUGGGGAAAAAGAAAGAAACGAGAGGAUUCUUUCUUGGAAUUUUCGUUAUCAUUUACAGGCGGUGCUUGGUCUUUUUCCCUGUGUGUACAAAAAGGGAGACGGUUUCGUGCAAAAGUCAAUGCAGCAUUACCAUCUCUCUAGCGAGUCUUCGAACCCUCAGAUGUCGAUUCAAGGCCAGCUUCUUGAGGUCACAGUUGUCGGGUGUACUAAGUUGAAGGAUACCGAGUGGAUUUCGAGACAGGAUCCAUACGUCUGUCUGGAAUACGGCAGCACCAAGUUUCGCACCAGGACUUGCACCGACGGGGUAAAACCCACAUUUCAAGAAAAGUUUGUGUUCACGCUCAUUGAAGGGCUUAGGGAGUUGAAUCUUGCAGUGUGGAACAGCAAUACCCUCACUUACGACGACUUCAUCGGCAGUGGAAAGGUUCAGCUCCACAAGGCCCUUUCUCAAGGCUUCGAUGAUACGACCUGGCCUCUUCAGACUAAAACGGGCAGAUAUGCUGGAGAAGCACGCGUGAUAUUACAUUACGCAAAUGCAAUAAAACCGGCAACGAGCUCUGCACCAUCUGCACCGCCAUUUGUAGCUUCUUCAGCUCCUCCUCAUGUGUCUAUGUACUACGCACCUCCUCCCCCAUCAGCUCAUCCUUACGGUGCCUCCGCUACAGCAUACCCUGCGACUGCUCCUGCAUACCCAUCGUAUGCACUGAAUCCAGCGGCAUAUCCAUCGCAUCCACCAAAUCCAGCAGCAUACCCACCACCACCGUAUUUUUCCCCUCCGCCAUCAGCCUAUCCUCCUCCAGCAUAUCCUCCGCCGCCUGCGGCUUAUCCUCCGCCUUCAUAUCCACCACCUCCCGGCCCUCCAGGUCAUUAUCCAGGGCAUUACCCUCCACCACCUUACUGAUAGAAAGCUUCUGCUGGACGAAACAUUAAAGGUUCCGCAGGAAGUUAGUGUUGUAUAUUAAUCUUGUAAUUACAAUGUCUUAACACUGGAAGUUUUCUGCCUUUGACCUGGAAACUAAACUUUUCGUUUUCUUUUUUGUUUGUUGUUUGUCAAGAACUGUUUGGGUAGCAAAUAAGGCUUUGUUUGUUUGUGUUUC